GACCCGCACGUGCGCCUCCCGGCAGAGGCCGGCGCGGUGGGCGCGCCCGUGCGCGCGGGGGCGCAGGGGAGCGCGGGAGGGGGUGGGGAAGGGGGUUGUGCCCGAGCCUGGCCCCCGGCGCGUGCUGCGGGGCGGGUUGGCGGGCGCCGGCGUGAGUCACGGCCCCGCUCGCCUUUAUAACGGCCGGCCGGGAGGCUCGCGGGAGUCGCCAGCCGCUCCAGCCUGCGCGCCCCCCACCCCGCCCCACACCCACCAGCCCGCAACCGCCGCCCAGUCCCGAGCGUACCAUGGAGAGCCCGCGCUGCGCCCGGCUGCUGCUCCUGCUCCUGCUGCCGACGCCGCUGCUGCUGCUGCUGCUCACGCCCCCCGGCGGGAAGGCCGCCAUCAUCACCGGGGUCUGUGGAACGGACAGAGAGUGUGCAAGCGGCACGUGCUGUGCUGUCAGUACCUGGAUUAGGGGCUUGCGCGUGUGUACGCCCUUGGGCAGACUAGGAAGCAGAUGCUCACCGUAUUCACACAGAGUUCCGUAUAAGGGAUUUCGACUGCGAUCCAUAUGUCCGUGUAUGCCUUCUUUAUCCUGUAUACAAACUUCGGCAUCAAAAAUAUAUACUUGUUUAUUCCCAUCCUAAUUAUUUUAGAGUAGUCACAUGACCUCUUACAAAUCAGAUUAUUUGUGACUGCCGUAAUCAGAGCACCUUUAGAGCGUAUGGUUCCCAAACCAGAGGGACUAUGUAUCAUAUGCUGUUACAUAAGUGCCAUUCCUUCCCUGCCCUCACUUUUUUUUUUGUAAUAACCUGUCCUCAGAAAUUCUGAUUUGACAUAUCUGAAGUGAGGGCUAAGUGUUGGUACUUUGUAAAUUUUUUCACUGCUUGGGUUUCACUGUUAACGGAUCAAAUUUUCCUGAAGAGAGAGGAAGCAACAUCACAGGACCAAAGUUCCCCCCAGGGUUGUACUCUCCCAUGGUGUACUGGGGGCUUGAACCUGGGUCUUGCACAUGGCACAGUAGACUUCAUCCCAGGUGAGCUAGCUCACUGGCUCCGUGUUGGGACUUUUUUUUUUUUUAAUUCUUCCCAACUCUAGGGUACUCCCAAUGAUUGAGAACCUCAGAAAAAAAAAGAGUAAGAAUAAGAAAUAUACUUCUUCUGUAAGACUGCUUCCCUGGGUUUUGAUUCUGUGAGAACUUUCUGAUUAAAUUAUAUGUCAAAAGUAAAGCAAAGUAUCUUGGUCUUUCCUUACCACCUUCAAACA